AUGACCAUCUACGAAGCGCAUCCCGGCAUGUCUAGUGCUGUUCUGCAUAGAGACACCCACUUCCUUCCUAAACAGGCCAUUGGCGGAAAGGGAAGCUAUAUCUUCCUCGAAGACGGGACUAAAUUCCUUGACUCAACCGGUGGUGCGGCUGUUUCAUGCUUGGGCCAUGGUCAUGAAGGUGUCAAACAAGCAAUCAAAGAUCAGAUCGAUCAGUUGUCAUAUUGCCAUUCCGCCUUUUUCGGCACUCCCGUAACAGAGGAAUUAGCACGGUUCUUGACAGAUUCAACUGGGGGAAAGAUGUCCAAACUGUUUGUCGUCAGCUCUGGAUCUGAGGCAGUCGAAGCCGCCAUGAAGCUUGCACGGCAGUACUUCCUAGAGCUUCCUACUCCUCAGCCUAAGCGUACAAAAUUUAUCGCUCGACUCCCCUCGUAUCAUGGUACGACCCUCGGUGCUCUAGGCCUGGGUGGACACGUCCUGCGAAGAGAACCAUUUGAGCCAAUCUUGGCGCAGAACACAUCCCAUGUUUCGCCAUGCUACGCAUACCGUGGGAAGAAAGACGGUGAAUCGGAUGCCGAUUAUGUCUCCCGUCUUGCCGUAGAAUUAGAUGCCGAAUUCAAGCGUGUGGGGUCUGAAACUGUUUGUGCCUUUGUCGCAGAACCAGUCGUUGGAGCUGCUCUGGGUUGUGUCCCUGCAGUACCAGGAUAUUUCCCUGCCAUGAAGGCCGUUUGCGAAAAGCAUGGGGCCCUGUUCAUUCUCGAUGAAAUUAUGUGCGGCAUGGGUCGAUGUGGAACCCUGCAUGCCUGGGAACAAGAGGAUGUCGUCCCUGAUAUUCAAACUAUCGGUAAAGGUCUCGGGGGCGGGUAUGCGCCCGUUUCUGGAAUUCUCAUCAGUGACUCCAUCGUGCAGACUAUGGAUAAGGGAACGGGUGUGUUCCGUCAUGGACAAACAUACCAGGGCCACCCUAUUUCGUGUGCUGCAGCAUUGGCUACACAAAAGACUAUUCAACAGGAGUCUCUUCUAGACAAUGUUCGAUCCAUGGGUGCUUACCUUGAGCACGAACUCCGCCAGCGAUUUGAAGGCCACCCGUAUGUUGGUGACAUCCGAGGCAAGGGACUAUUCUGGGGAAUUGAAUUUGUCAAAGAUAAGACUUCAAAAGAACCAUUCGACCCUAGCACUCGACUCUCGUUUCAUAUACAAGAAAAGGGUCUGGAACCAGGAUAUUCCAUUUCUCUCUACGGCUGCUCAGGUACUAUUGAUGGCAUUAGGGGUGAUCAUGUCAUACUUGCACCUCCUUACAAUGUCUCCAAGGAGGAAAUUGACAUCAUUGUGGAUGUCUUUGGGAAAGUGGUAUCAGUUGUGCUUAAAGAUUUAGACUUGUAA